GUUUUCAAGAGCUUUGCGCGCGCAGAGAUUUUAUAGCAACGGCUCUAAAUUAACUCCAUCCACGCUGCUGCCUAGGCUAUUCUCACCAUUAGCAAGCCUGAGGCACAAUUCUUCAAGUCCAACAUACUGCCCGGGUGCCCUUCUGUCCAAGUACUAACGCUUACAAGAAGCUUUCUCCUCCAGCCAAACUAGACUCACCAGAUCGACCACGAUGGCAGAAGAACUCAGUAAACUGCGCUACAUCGAUAUCGGGAUAAACUUCACCGACCCUAUAUUCCGAGGCAUCUACCACGACAAGCAGCGCCACGACGACGACUUCGAAGACAUCAUCCAGCGCGCCCUCGACGCCGGCUGCAAGAAGUUCAUGGUCACCGGCUCCGAUCUCGCGGAAUCCAAACACGCUCUCGAAAUCUCAAAAGCGCAUCCGGGACUCUGCUACGCAACUAUCGGCGUGCACCCCUGCUCAGCAAAGCAAUUCGAUGAUUUCCCAGGCGGCCCAGCGAAGUUGCUGAGCGAACUGAAAGAGCUGGCGAUCCAGGCGAAAGAGGAGGGUACUGCGGUUGCGUAUGGCGAAUUUGGACUCGAUUACGAUCGGCUGUUUUUGACGCCCAAGGAGCAGCAGCUCAAGUACUUUGAGCUGCAGCUGGAGAUUGCGGUUGAGGUGCAAUUACCGCUGUUUCUGCAUUCGAGGGCGGCGAGUGAGGACUUUGAGAGGUUGCUUAAGGCGAAGCUGGAGCAGUUGCCGAAGAGGGGGCUGGUGCAUAGCUUUACGGGGACCGUGGAGGAGAUGCAGAGACUGGUGGAGCUGGGAUUUGAUAUCGGGGUCAAUGGGUGUAGUAUGAAGACGGAUGAGAACAUCGAUGUUGUGAGGCAGAUACCGCUUGAGCGGUUGCAGAUCGAAACGGACGGACCGUGGUGCGAGAUGAGGCCUAGUCAUGCAUCGGCUAAGUUCCUCAAGGACGCCCCGCCUCUGCCCAAGGCUGUCAAGAAGGAGAAAUUUGUCAAGGGCUCCAUGGUCAAGGGGCGGAAUGAGCCUGCCACGAUCCCGCAUGUAGCGUACGCGAUCGCGCAGAUCAAGGGUAUCGCCGUGGAAGAGGUGUGCAAUGCGGCGUGGAACAAUUCCAUCAAUAUGUUUGGCCUUGGUGAGUCUGCAUAGCGUCGUUGCUUCAACGUGCAUAUAGAGAACAUAGAGCAUGUAGAGGUUCCUUCACAGGAUUCAAUGGCGAUCCCAAGUGACGUGCAAUGUGUUGUACUGAAGUUGAUUUGUACAGACAAAAGAAAAUGUGGCUCUGGCCCGCAUGCAAAAUGACUUUCCUGUUCCCAUCCCGGUACACAUGCACUCUACUUCCUGUACCACAUCCUUGUGAUCUUGGUAUGCCUCAUCUUCUUCUGCAGCUGGAAGAUGCCGUACAUGAGCGCUUCGGCGGUGGGCGGGCACCCGGGCACAUAGAUGUCGACGGGCACGAUCCUGUCGCAUCCUCUUGUGACCGAGUAGCUGUAGUGAUAGUAG